AUGAAGCAUCAGUUCUCUGUAGGAUUGUAUUGCACUGUGGAUCCAGAAUUGAAAAAGUUCAUCAGAGUAAACACCAGUCAUCAAGCUCGUCCCGUAUCCCACAGGCCUUAUUACACCUUGCCCAAUGGUAACCACGAGAGGCGAUCUGUCCUCACCAUUACUGAGCCUCCACGAUUCCACUUCCAGGCCAAAGGAAAAAACAUCCGCCUGGAUACCCAUUCUCGGAAGGCCAUCCGAAGGAACAGUUUCUGCAAUGGCAUCACUUUCACUAACCGUCCUAUUCACCUCUAUGAGAAAGUGCGUCUGAAGCUGGUGUCUGUGCACCAUGGCUGGAGCGGGGCGUUGCGUUUUGGCUUCACAACUCACGAUCCAUCACAGAUGAGUGCCGGUGACAUUCCAAAAUAUGCCUGUCCAGACCUGGUAACCCGACCAGGCUUCUGGGCUAAAGCUCUGCCAGAGAGGUUUGCACUAAGGGACAAUGUCCUGGCAUUCUGGGUUGAUCGCCAUGGGAGAGUUUUCUAUAGCGUUAAUGAAGAAGAGCCAAUUCUGUUUCACUGCGGCGUCAAAGUCUCCGGUCCUCUCUGGGCGCUGAUAGAUGUCUAUGGAAUCACUCAUGAGGUGCAAAUACUAGAUAGCAUAUUUGCGGAGACCAUGACCUCCACCCGUCUGAGCAACGCACGACUCAGCACUUGCCUUCCUCAGAGCAACCACGAUUCGGCCAAUUUUAACAACAAUGAGCUGGAGAACAAUCAAGUGGUUGCCAAAAUUGCAAAUCUGAAUUUGAGCCGCAUGCCUGGGCUGCCCACCGAUAACCAUACAAUCCCCUGCUGCCCAAGCAGGAGGCAGCUGGGCCAAGUUGUGCCUGCCUUUCUAGACACAGAUCUUCAUUUCCACCCUACUCACGGGCCUGAUAUUAACUUUUCUCAGGAUCGUAUGUCUGGCUGCACCAACUGGCAGGAAAGCAACAGGACCUUGGUGUUUUCUGAUCGACCUUUGCACAUUGGCGAAAGCUUGUUUGUGGAAGUGGGACACCUGGGCUUGCCAUGUUAUGGGGCCCUCACCUUUGGUAUCACUUCCUGUGAUCCCGGUACUUUACGGACAAAUGAGCUCCCAGCAGAUCCAGAUUUUCUUCUGGAUCGCAAGGAGUAUUGGGUGGUUUGCCGAGGUUUCCCAGUCCUCAACAAUGGUGACAUCCUCAACUUUGUGCUUUUGCCAAAUGGAGAAGUGCAUCAUGGAAUCAACGGGAUAAGCCGUGGGAUGCUGAUGUGUGUUGAUACCUCACAAUCGCUGUGGGUUUUCUUCUCAAUCCAUGGUGUAAUCAAUCAGCUAAAAAUAUUAGGCACCGUACAAUCCAGCCCUGUGACCAUCUCCCCCUCAGGAUCCCCUGGAGGCUCCCAAUAUGACAGCGAUUCGGACAUGGCGUUCAGCGUGAACCGGUCUUCAUCUGCUUCUGAAUCAUCCCUAGUGACUGCUCCAAGUUCUCCUCUGAGCCCUCCAGUGUCUCCUGUGUUCUCACCUCCAGAGCCCUCACGCAGCAAGAACGGGGAAUGCACAGUUUGCUUUGACAACGAGGUGGAUGUGGUGAUCUAUACCUGUGGACACAUGUGCCUGUGCAACACCUGUGGUCUUAAACUGAAGAAACAGCUCAAUGCCUGCUGCCCAAUCUGCCGACGGGUCAUUAAAGACAUUAUCAAAAUCUACCGUCCUUAA